AUGUGUUACUAUGGCGGCUACUAUGGAGGCCUGGGCUAUGGCUAUGGUGGCCUAGGCUAUGGCUAUGGCUAUGGUUGUGGCUGUGGCUAUGGUGGCUAUGGUUAUGGCUGUUGCCGCCCACUGUGCUGCAGAAGGUACUGGUCCUAUGGCUUCUACUGA